AGGUAGUGAUCGCCGUCAAUACAUGCUAUUCUGCCAAAAAUUCACGCAAUUUCUUCAUCUUGUAUUUAUAUCGAUGAUUUAAUUGGGGCAAUCAUUGAAUUAAUAUAAUUAGUAUGUUAUAUAAAAAAAAAUUGGAUAAAAUGGUACAAGUCGAUAUGAAAGUCACAAUGUAACAGCUGUUUCAAGUAUGACAGAUCGUAUAUUGGGUGUUGCCAAGUCGAAUGGAUGUACAAAUCAAAGCAUUGUUACGAAUUAUGAUAUCGAUGCUAUGACUACGGAGGAAAACUAAACGAUUAAAGAGAAUGCAUAAACAGAAAUUAACGAGUGUCACAUUCAAUGAUUUAUCGUGUGAAUGGGUUGUCGAGAAGAUUAUCUACGUGUUGAUAAGGUUAGGACAAACCUAUCAGCCAUGAAGACUCCUGUAUCUCAACAUUUAAAUGGGAGUAAUGGUCAGAGUGUUGCGUCUGAAAAGACAGCAUCAUAUUUGAUAUCACGUUAUAACAAUCCAUCCAAUAAUUAUCAUGUUUUAAAAGUGGCUGGACGUGAUUCCAAUUGUUACAUUGCCAAUAACAUUGCUCCAAAAAUAGGCAAACAGCAGUUAGUAUCAUUGAAUGGUGAUUCUGUAAGUUGUAACAGUGUGAAUGUAAACGAGGCUUUGGCAUGUGAUGUAGUUACUAUGCCAGCGGUAAAGACAAAAGCUUUAUGCGUACACAUUCGUGAAAAUAAAUGGUACGAUGCUGGCAAUGUAGUUUCUGUAGGGGUAGCAGGAACUAGUCUAAGUCAUGCCUUGGAGAGUAUGUCUUUGGCUUAUAAUCCUACUACAAAACAGAUAUAUUCUAUGGAAGAAAACGAUAUGCAUUACGACUGUAAAUCUCAGUAUCUAGAAUCUCCAUGUAAUGACAAAGAAUUGUCAGCUAGUAUAGUGUCAAAAAUUGAUGGAGAUAAAUAUAUGAAACUUGAAAGUGGCAGUGCAAAUAGUAGUCCUAGAAACAGUUUACCUCGUUCAUGUAGCAGUACAGUGUCUUCCCUUAGCGAAGUAUCACCUUCAGGAAGUUUCUUAGGAUCAGAUGAACAACAUAUUGUCGUAGAUAAACAAGAAAAAUCAAAGCGCUGGGGAUUAAAUACAUUGUUUGCAAAAAAUGUCUUUUCUUGGAAGAAUAAAGGUUCUCAACAAUCAACUCCUACAGGUAGCCCAUCGAGAAAUAUUGACAAAGUAGGAGGAAGUUUAGCUCUAAUACAACAGCCCAGACCAGCGAACUUACCUGCAAAGAAUGCUUUGGAGGAGGAACGUCAUCGUAAGCAAUACACUGCAAUUUUAGAAGCUGCUCGUAAAAGGGAGUUACGCGAAGAAAAAGAACGUAAACAACAAAGGGAACAGCAACUGAAGGAAGAAGAAAGAUUAGCUGAAGAUUCCCAUACAUGGAACGUUCAUGUGCUACCCAAGUUUGAAAGCGUUAAAGAUACAAAGAAAGUACGCGAACUAUGGUGGCGCGGUUUGCCACCAAGUGUGCGAGGCAGAGUGUGGAAAUUAGCUAUUCAGAAUAGUUUAAAUAUAACGCCACAUUUGUAUAAUCUUUGCUUGGACAGAGCAAUGUCUAAUCCCACAAAUGAAUCGUUAGCGGCGAUCAAAUUAGAUGUAUCUCGUACCUUUCCUACCUUAUGUGUCUUUCAAGAAGGUGGACCACUAUCAGAUAGCCUUCAAGGUAUUUUGGCAGCCUACGCCGUUUAUAGACCAGAUGUUGGCUAUGUGCAAGGAAUGAGUUUUGUGGGUGCUGUAUUAUCAUUAAAUAUGGAGCCCUCAGAUGCCUUUGCCUGCUUCGCUAAUCUCUUAAAUCAUCCUUGUCACAGAGCCGCCUUUACCUUGGACCAAAAACGAAUGAAUGUGUAUUACAAGGUAUAUUCAAGCGCGCUUGCACAUAAGCUGCCAAAAAUAUUUUCUCAUUUCACAGUAGCUGGUCUUAGUCCAGACCUGUACCUGUUAGAUUGGUUGUAUACUAUAUAUGCCAAAGCAAUGCCUCUUGAUGUUGCAUGCAGGAUCUGGGAUGUAUUCCUCAGAGACGGCGAAGAGUUCCUUUUUAGAACGGCGCUCGGCGUAUUACAUUUGUAUCAAGAAGAAUUGUUGAAAAUGGACUUUGUACAUGGAGCGCAAUUCCUUACCAGAUUGCCUGAGAACCUGCAGGCAGAAGCUUUGUUUAACAGUAUUAGCCAAAUGUCUACUACUGUUGGAACUACAACAUUCCAGCAAAUGUUGAUACAGUUUUCUUCAGUGUGAUUUUCUAGCUCUAUUUAAGAGCUAUUUCAUUUAGUUCAUAAUUGUACAUUGCACAGAAAAUUUCUUCUUUUCUAGUGAAUCUGAUGAAGAAUAGUGUGUGAAAAUUUUAAAUAUAUGAUGUAUUUAAAUUUCGAUGAUGUCAAAGUGAGUAAUAAUGUUGCAUGCAGUAUGAAAGUAGUAAAAAUAAGCAUAUUAUUGUGUGCUUGAAUACUUGCAAGAAUCACUCUCUUAUAUAUCUGUAAAAUCUGUAUAUAUAGGUAUAUGUAUAUUUGACAUUGUUUUUGAUGUUUAUUUUAUCAACAAUAGAUAUUACAGUGUAUCUGAAUUUCUAAAUAGCUAAUCAAAAUAUUUAUACAACUUAUGAAAAUUCGAAAUCUUAUCAUAAUAAUGUUAAAUGUUGGUGCUUCUUAUACUAAUUCUUUAUCCUUGCAUAAGAUUAAUUUAAGAUGCAAUUGAAAGAAAGUUUCUCAAUGAAUAGUGAGAAAUCUAUUCUUGUUUAUUGAUAUAUAUAUAUAUAUAUAGAUAGAUAGAUAUAUAGAUACCAUAUUUUAUGAAUGUAAUGUGUUAAUAAAAUGCAUACAUUCAUAUAUAGGAGAAUAAAUUAGUGAAUUUGAGAGGAGAAAUAUGCAUAAAAACCGAAGCACACAAUUUACAGACUGGUGCAAGUAUUAUCUGAGGCAAUUGAACAAAUAUUCUAGAUAAAAAAAGUUAUAUUACUGUAUGGUAUAAAAAACAUAUUUUGAAAUAUUGUCCACAAUAUUAGUGGCAAUACAUACUAUCUUUUACAUAUGCAUAAUAAUUUAUCUUUAUUAUGCAUAUUUCAAUAUUAUUAUAAACAAGUAAGUUUUAUAUAUAUGUAUAUGUAUAUGUAUAUGUAUAUGUAUAUGUAUAUGUAUAUGUAUAUGUAUAUGUAUAUGUAUAUGUAUAUGUAUAUGUAUAUGUAUAUGUAUAUGUAUAUGUAUAUGUAUAUGUAUAUGUAUAUGUAUAUGUAUAUGUAUAUGUAUAUGUAUAUAUAUAUAUAUAUGUAUGUAUAAGUGAAGACAAAUGGGUGGGAAUAUUAACAUAAUAUUCUAUAAUAAUGCUCUGUGGAAUAUACUACAAUUGAUUUUAAUGUGCAUCAUUGAAAUGAAAAGUUACAAAAAAAAAAAAAAAACGAAAAUUUCGUUUCGAUUUUUUUAACAGAAUGUUCGAAUGAUUUCAUCCGUCGAUUUGUAUAAUCGUAUUUAAUCAUCUUCCAUGUGUUUGUGGAUUUACUAGAAGUUGAAUUAGUAAUCUGAAAUAACCUUGUACUCUCGAUAAACUAUAAGUAAGCUAUAACGUAUCUCUCUCUCAUUGAAGUAUUUUAUAGUAAUUAUGUAUAAUAUUUCACUUAGCACUUUGCUGUACAGAUACUGAGUUACGAAUACGCAGAGACUUAUAAUCCCGUCUUUUAAGUGGCCUUUCUAAUGAAGAUAAGAUAAAUUCAAGAUUUAGGAAUCAAAGAUCUUUCUAUGUAAUCAUUGAGCUUUAUUGGAAAAAAGGAAUCUCAUAAACAUAUUUUCUUACAACGUACCUACAAUAAGCUUAUUGUAUGUGCUUGUUGCGUAGGUAUUUCUUUCUUUGCCGAAACAAUAUCUUUUGAGGUAAGAUGAAUUUUUAUCUUUUCUUUUAGGAAGCAUCGUUUGUUUUAUUUUACUGUAUUAUUAUUAUUAUUUUUAAUUAAUAAUAUGCCCGAGUUAUUUGUGUAGCUUUCGUCUUUUCUUUUUUUUUUCUGUAAUUUUUUCUAGGGACGAAAAUAAUUGCGAUAGAUAGUAUAGAUCAAUAAUCGAUCAUCCUAUAUAGUUUUAAUAUUAAAAUAAUUAAAAUCACAAGCACAUCGCAAUAACUUUAUGCAUAGCAUGGCUUGAAAGCUUCAAGUUAUGAAAUUCUAAUAUAAUACAUACACGAUAGAAAACUAUGUAAGAGGUAACUACGUCGUAUCUAGACGAUCAUUUUUUUCCUUUUCGUGAAAAUGAAGAUAAAAAUCAUGAUUCUUCUAUUCUUUUUGACUAUAGAAUUCUAACGUAACUUUUAAAGCGAAGCUAUACAUGGACUAUUUUAAUUUCAACGCAGCGUAUAUGUAUAUGUAAAUAUCGAUUCGCACGAACACAUCCAUAUACAUACCUACACAUACUCACAUAGAAAGUAUAUUUUAUGAAAUGCUCCUUUAUCGGCACGCUUCUAACGAAACUUUAUAAAUGCAAUUGAAGAAUAGUGGAAAAGUUUAUUAGAUUGGAACUAUGAGCAAUGGUACCAUAGUUGAUGUCCUAGUUUUUACUCGACAAUACUUCCAUUCCAUCCACUAUUCCAAAAUUACUAAUUAAACGAUUGUGCUAACAAGACUUUAAUAAGCUCUUUGGUGUAAAUACAAAUACCUACGACCAUAAUACCAAUAAGUACGAAGCACAAAUUAAUUCAAUAUUUUAUCGUUUAUUAAUACGAUCGCAAACGAUUAUUAUAAUCUAUGACUAUCUUUAAAGAAUCAUCAAAGUCAAAGUGUAUCUCUGCAUGUACGAACAUCUCGCUACCGAUUUCCUUAUGCGAUUGGUAUAUCGUUAAACGAACGAAAUCCCUCUUCAAGAGAUAUAAAUAAUAAUCUAUCGAUGCUUAGAAAUAAACAUGUGCCGUAACGUUAAUAAUAUCCAUGAUACGACAACGCAAUAUUUCUUCGAAUCUACUAUGUUGCAUAUCAACAUAUAUUUAAAUCCUCGUAAUCCUCGACUAUGUUUAAAAUGGUGCUUCGAUGAAAAAAAAAAAAAAUAAAAUAAAAUAAAAUAAUAAUAAUAAUAAUAAUCUCGUAUACAUGUAUUUUUCAUCGUAUAUUAUUAUUAUAGGUAAAACGACAUAAUAUUUUCAAUUUGUUUCGACGUCACGAAGGAUAAAUAAAAUAAGAGGCAUUUAAGUACAUUACGUGCGAAAGUUAAGAACUCCUUUCACGACGUACGUAUAUGUGUAUGUACAUAAAUACCAAAGAUUAUACUUACAAUCUUUCCGAAAAAAUGUGUAUCGAACUUAUCCUCUAUCGAUCAUCUUCGCGAUAGCUUUCUAACGUUAUAUACAAAAAAUUUGAGGCAUAUAUUUCAUCGAUUUAUGACGCUAACAAUGAUAAUGAUAAUGCAACGAUCUUUGUAAAAAGAAAGGAAAAAGGAAAAUUGAGAAAAAAAAACAAGUACGAUAUCGAACACCAUUCUAUGUCCUGUCAUUGAAUAUUAAACGAUAUAUUUUAUCUACUUAAAUAGGCAUUGUCAUUAUCACGUAAUAAGCAGCAUUAUUCGUUCAUCGAACAUAAUAUUAUAACAAUGUGCCAAGUGUUUUACGAAUAUUAAUGGACGGUUCUAUUGUAAAAGGAGCGCAAAGAAUCAGCUAAUCUUUGUGCACUUCUUCGAAACGACGGGCGUAUAUACAUGGUGCAUUAUUCUAGUUAUUCUUUUUUUUAACGAGCGAAUUACAUUUAAAAAUUGUCUACGUCUACGGAAUCAUAAUUAUCGAUUUAAUAAAUAUAUACAUACGUAAAUGAAACGUACACGUGAGUGUGUAAAGUGAAAACAAGAGAAAAAAAGAAAACAGAAAGAAACCAAAACAAACAUGUGCGAUAUAAACACACGUGUGACGUCAAGAUACCGGUAGACUCAUUCACGAUUUUCGUGUAAACGAGAGAGGCUCGUAAAAGAAAAAAUAGAGGAAACUAAAUAUUUUAUAUAUCGAUUAGCAAUCACGAUUGAAAUUUUCGUCGCAGUUUAUCGAUUUUCGAACGAAUCCAACGAUUUAACUACGUACGUACGAUCGGAAACGAGGCUUUUUCAUCGCGAUCUUCUUUCGAUGAUGUACCUACCUGUAUCUUGCAAUCUUCGUUCGAACGUUUAGUCCGAUCAUUGAAAGAUAGAAUCGAUAAUCUCUAUUAGCUAGAAUCUCUUUCACAAGUGCAAAGUCUCAAAGGGAAAAUGCACUAAACGGCAUGCUUAACACUAACAUGACACUUCUGUGUUCCUUGUCGUUAGUGCCUCAGUAAAGGAACUCAUUAUAUAUAUUUUUGACGCGUUUUAUCGUGUACAAUUACCUUAAGUGCAAUACUGUAAUAUAUAUUUUUUAAAGGAAUCGAACCCAAUAUUUAUUUUGUCAAACGUGCGCAUCGAUGUAAGGCGAUGUGGGUGUACUUCGAGACGGUACCUCCUCUUGGACGAGUUUCUACAAAGUUUUCGCAUUGGAGAAUGUCGUGUACGAUCGAGAGAAACGAACAUUGGACUUGUUCUAAGGAACGACGAACGACGAAUGAACGAACGAACGAACGAACGGCUAUUUUUCCUCUUUGAGAAUCUGUCGAUUAUAACGAUGUCAUUCUUAUUCGAUAUCUCUUACAUACGCCUCUCUCGAAGUAUACUCAUUAUAUUAUUGUAAUAAGUAUUACAGUAACCUGAUGAAUACUACUACUCUGUACAUAAAUACGUAUGUGCUUGCUUCCUAACUUAAAAAAAAAAAAAAGAAAAAGAAGAAGAAAAAAGACAAAAAAAAUAAAUAAAUAAACAGAAGUGAAAUACGAAGAGGAUUAACUGGCGUAUCGCUAAAUAUAUAAACACAUAAACGACGAUUUUUAUAUCAUUAACGAACGACAAAGAUAUUAAUAUUAUUAUAUAUCGAUGAUAUGUAAACGUGUACGCGCGCGCGUGGUUACAUCGUAAUACCAGCGACAUAUCUCUAUGGAUGACUUUUGUUUCGCAUAUGAAUAAAUUACGUCUUACGAUAUCGAA